AUGCCUUUCCCAAGCGCCAUAACAGGCGUAACCAACAACCCACAACUGCGUCUGCUCAACGCUCUCCGAGAGAACAGAAAGCCGAUCAUGACGUUUAUGGGGAUUCCAUCAUUUCGCCAUGCUCAGAUAGCUGCUUCAACAGGCCUUGACGGCAUAAUCAUCGACUGCGAGCAUGGGCAUAUUAGCGAUGACUCUAUGCACAGUGCCGUUGCAGCUAUCGCAUCAAUGGGCGUUUCUCCGCUUGUUCGCCUGAGAGGAACGCAUUCUGACCUGAUUAAAAGGGCGUUGGAUGCUGGUGCACAUGGACUUGUUGUGCCCCAGAUUAAUACAGCCGAAGAAGCAGCGGCCAUCGUUUCUCAUGCAAAAUUCCCUCCGCAAGGACUCCGCGGCCAGGGUUCGGCAUUCCCAGCCAUUGCCCAUGGAAUCGAUAUCCCGACGUACAUGAAGACCGCGAAUGAGACCCUUGUUACCUGUGUUCAGAUCGAGUCCAAGGUGGGGGUGGAGAAUGUGGAUGCCAUCGCUGCCGUACCCGGUGUUGUAGAUAUGCUGUUCAUCGGCCCGAAUGACCUCGCCCUGUCGGUGCUGGGGUAUGUGCCUGCAAGAGGUGAUGAGCCUGAGUUCGCCGAUGCCAUUGAAAAGAUUGUUACGGCUGCCAGAAAGCACGGCAAAUGGGUUGGUCGCCUGUCGAAUGAUGGGGCAUCGUCCAAGCAACAUCUGACGGUCUUUGAUACGGUGGCGAUGAGUUAUGACAUACGGGCUGUUCAGAAUUGGUACAGCGCUGAACUCCAGGCUGCGCGGUCAUAA